CGUCUCUAUUGGCUGCGAGCCUUAGGCCAGCUCGCACUUGAUUGGCCCCCAGAGCUGUCCCGCACAUUCAAACUCGCCCCUGAUUGGCUGCGGGUGUCAACCCCCGUUUGUGUGUCUUUCUUAUCAAAGCACAAGCUCUUUUAGUUUUGUCCCAAACGAUUCACAACGCAGUAGUAUCAGUGAAAACACGAAGCUCGGUCACCUCCUCCUCCUCCUCCUCCUCCUCAUCAUCAUCAUCAUCGCCAGCGGACAGACCGCCCGACUUUUCAUCCUCUCACUGAUUGAUGAGCUGCGUUCACGCCAAGUUUGGAAGCGCUCCGAGUUCAAGAUGCAAACCUCAACGAGCUUCCAGUUGGAUGAUUUCCUGGCAGGAUGGAUCGGCGGAGCUUCCAGUGUGGUCGUGGGCCACCCGCUGGACACAGUGAAGACGCGGCUGCAGGCGGGGAAAGGCUACAGCAACACACUUCACUGCGUCCUCACCAUCUACAGGAAGGAAACGGUCGUGGGCUUCUUUAAGGGCAUGUCCUUCCCGCUGGCCAGCAUCACCGUCUACAACUCUGUGGUGUUCGGCUUCUUCAGCAACACACAAAGGCUCAUAAGCAAAUAUCGCUAUGGCGAUGGGCGGCAUCCUUGUGGCAUGCUGGACCUGACUGUGGCCAGUAUGCUGACUGGACUGGUGUCAGUGGGCCUGGGAGCUCCGGUGGAUCUGGUCAAGAUCAGACUGCAGAUGCAGACGCAGACGGUUCUCGGAGAGAACCUGCACCUUGCUGGGAACGUAUCCAGUGGCGCCAACAUCCCCCUGCGUGCCGUCGGCCUCUCCGGACAGAGGCUGUACCGGGGCCCCAUCCACUGCAUCAGCAGCAUCCUGCAGACCGAGGGCCUGCCGGGCCUGUACAGGGGUGCAGGGGCCAUGAUCCUGAGGGAUGUUCCCGGAUACGUGCUCUACUUCAUCCCUUACACCAUCUUCUGCAACCUGCUGAGGCCGGACGCCAAGUCGAGCCCUCAUCCCUGCUCCAUCUGGCUGGCUGGAGGCCUGGCAGGGUCCAUCUCCUGGGUCACGGCCACGCCAGCCGACGUGGUGAAGAGCCGAAUGCAGGCAGACGCUCAGCUGCAGAGGAAGUACAAGGGAAUCCUCCACUGCAUCAUCCACAGCUACAAGACGGAGGGAGCACAGGUUUUCUUCCGCGGGGCGUCGGUCAACGCCAUUCGAGGCUUCCCGAUGAGCGCCACCAUGUUCCUGACCUACGAACUCUCCCUGCAGUUCUUCAGGAGUCUGUAGGACGAAGACACGCAGACAGACGGUGUGGGACUACAGACUGGUCGGUUUUAGCGGCUGUGAGUCUGCUACCUGACCUGAACACGUCAGCCCCGUAAACACUUCGCUGUGGAGCGAUGAAGUGUUUGAGCCUUUACUGACCUUCUAACCACACAGAGCUUGUUGAUCAGUGAUGUUUUAAUGCAGUAUUUUGGUCCUGCAAUAAUUAAAUCAAAUCCGAUUAUUUUUAUGAAGAAAGUUCUGUUGCAACUUAUUAACAGCGGUUGUUAAAUAAAUUGUUAAAAAAACAAAAAAAAAUGUUAGCAUCGCACAGCUAAUGGGAGAAACAUGCUUAUUUAACCAAAGAACUCAGAGUGUGUUCGUCCUCCUCUCCUUUUAAUUUGAAAGAUGAAGAACCCGUGGUGUGUUUUAUACGAAGGAUGUGACGUUUUCAACAGCUGCCGAUCCGGUUCUUUCUUUGAUUGAUCGACUGUGUAAAACUUUCAUUCGAGUAGUUAAUGACACAUUUUGAUUUCACUUUUUAGAUUCAAACUGGGAACUAAAUGAAGAGUGACUCGUGCUGCAUUGAAAAGCAUCAUGAGCUGUUACCUUCCGGUGCACAUGGACUGUAUGUGCAUCCCAUGUUACCGUCCAGAUGUACAUACCGUAUUGGUGUAUUUCUUAUAUUAAGAAAAGUCUUACAGUUACAUUGAUGCUUUAUACAGGGACUUCUGUCAUUUCUAUCACUAACAUGUCAGCAGUUAGGAUUCAUGUUUAGACUUCAUGCAGAAAAGGUUUUAGUCAUUAUUUCAGCUUUGGAGUGAAUACCUUUAAAGAGAUGUCUUCACCUGCACAAUAGUUCAAUUUUACAAACCUUUCUUGUCAUGUAUAUACUUGUAAAUAUGUGAAGUGCCAUUCCAGCUGGCGGAGAGCCAAAAGUGUCUUAUUGUAAAUAAAUAAAGCUUUUGAACACGUCA